CGUGCUGUGAGCUCCAGGGAGGACCCGUCCCCGGUGUGAACACGGGAUGAGGGGCCGGGGCCGUGCCAUGGGAGCUGCACGUCAGGGCCGUCCGCCGACUGCGGGCACACAGAAAGGUUCCGCCGCUCUCCGCCCGUUUCUCAGCACCGCGGUCGGCAGAGUUCCGCCGAGGUUUCGCUGGGGGUCACCAGGAGCCUGUGCACAGGUCAGACGUGAUGACGCGUCGCUGUUUCGCCUGCCGUGAAUUUCCCGGAAUGUAUACUGUUUUCCGAGCCGUGUGAACGGCAUCGACGGCAGGAAUUUCACCGCUGUUCCAAAUGCCUUGACCCCCCAACUCGGACUGAAGCUGCCUGUCCUGCUAUUCAAGCGGAACAAUGAAUCUCUUCCCCUCAGGUUUCUCUGGAUUUUCCAGCAUGUUUGGGAAGAAGAAGAAGCGGCUCGAGAUCUCGGCGCCCUCCAACUUCGAGCACCGCGUGCACACGGGCUUUGACCACCGCGAGCAGAAGUUCACCGGGCUGCCGCAGCAAUGGCAGAGCCUGAUCGCCGACACGGCCAACCGGCCCAAGCCCAUGGUGGACCCCUCCUGCAUCACCCCCAUACAGCUGGCUCCUAUGAAGAUAUCUCCCAAGAAAGUCCAGUCGUCUGAAACGUCCUUGCAAAAAACCAUUGUGCGAGGGAGUCGACCUCAGAAGGAUGUCUCAAUCAAUGGUCUGCUUGAAGAGUUUGACAGCAUUUCUGUGACUCGGUCAAACUCCCUCCGCAAGGAGAGCCCACCUGCUCCCCACCAGCUGGGUUCGAAACACGCUUCCUCCAAGCCCACAGAGGAGAACGGUUUUGGCCACCACUAUUCACGCUACUCCUGCGACCUGGACAGUUCUAAAGACUUCCCGUCAGACGGCUACAGAGACAAGGCUUCCUUCGAUGGGGAGUGGGCGUUGGGGAAGCACUACCGCUUCACCAAACAGAACGGGCAUGCCAUGAGGAGUCCCUUUUACCCUGACGCCAUGCCCCAGAAGUCAGACUAUGCCAAAAUGCCCCCGGACUAUCACACCUACCUGGAAAGCAAGGUGCGCUCAGAGGAGGCAGUAGGGAGCAGCCGGGAAUUCUACCAGAGUUCCUGUGGGAGCUCUGUCCAGGACCACAGGGAGCAGCUGUUGGGGACGCCGUCGCGGACUUCCCUGCACAGCGAGCAGAUCAGCUGCUCGGACAGUGAGUGGGGCUAUGGGCCGUCCCGCGAGGAGUAUGAGAAGAGACCAAAGUCAUCCUACGUAGGCCACGGCAGCCCUCAGCCCGCCAUCCGCCAGCGUUCCCGGUCUGGCUCGGGGCUGCAGGAGCCCAGCCCACCGUAUGGAAUCAGUGCAUUCAAAUCCACCCAGCAGGGCCAUUACAGUUCCUACACAUACCCACGUCUCUCCGAAACUGUGACCGCCUCCCAGGGAGACUAUGACAGGAUGUCCCGGGACGGAAGUCCCCAGGUACCUGGAUUGGACACGUACCCUCGUGGACUCCUCAAGCUACCUCAAAGCCAUGCCAAACCAAGCUACCCCAGCAGCUUCCAGUAUCCCCCAACGUUCCACUAUAAACCAUCCCCCUAUCACCACCCUCCCUCCCAGCCGAGCCCCCCUUAUACACCUCAGGGUGCGUACUCCCAGCCCUGCUCCCCGUACAUCCCACCUGGGGCCUACCCUCCCCCCAGCUGGGGCUCUGCCUCUGACCAGCCACCCUCCAGAGUCUCCCAUGAGCAGUUUCGGGCUGCUCUGCAGCUGGUGGUGAAGCCCGGGGAUCCACGGGAGUAUUUGGACAACUUCAUUAAGAUUGGCGAGGGAUCCACUGGCAUUGUCUGCAUCGCUACGGAGAAGCACAGUGGCAAGCAAGUGGCCGUGAAGAAGAUGGACCUGCGUAAGCAGCAGAGGAGGGAGCUGCUUUUUAAUGAGGUGGUUAUAAUGAGGGAUUACCACCACGAGAAUGUGGUCGACAUGUACAACAGCUACCUGGUCGGGGAUGAACUCUGGGUCGUGAUGGAGUUUCUGGAGGGUGGAGCUCUGACUGACAUUGUCACUCACACGAGGAUGAAUGAAGAGCAAAUUGCCACGGUUUGUCUGUCGGUGCUGAAGGCUCUGUCGUACCUCCAUACACAAGGCGUCAUCCACAGAGAUAUCAAGAGCGACUCCAUUUUACUCACCAGCGAUGGAAGGAUAAAACUAUCAGAUUUUGGAUUUUGUGCCCAAGUGUCGAAGGAGGUGCCGAAAAGAAAGUCGCUGGUUGGCACCCCUUACUGGAUGGCACCAGAAGUCAUUUCCAGAAUGCCAUAUGGCACUGAGGUGGAUAUCUGGUCCUUGGGUAUUAUGGUGAUGGAGAUGGUGGAUGGUGAGCCCCCCUACUUCAACGAGCCACCCCUCCAAGCCAUGAGGAGGAUACGGGACAACCUUCCACCCCGCCUCAAAGAGUCUCACAAGGUGUCCUCUGUGUUGAGAGCCUUCUUGGACCUGAUGCUGGUGAGGGAGCCGUCCCAGAGGGCCACGGCCCAAGAGCUCCUGCACCAUCCCUUCCUUAAGCUCUCGGGUCCCCCCUCCUGCAUUGUGCCUCUGAUGCGGCACUACCGCCACCGCUGACGCCCCCUGCAGGGCGGCACCAUUCCCGCAGCAGUGGGACUUUUUCGAAAACAGCGACACCCAUUGCCGAGUUGUAGUUUAGGGGAAGAUGUCAGCUUCUGUUAAAUAAAUAAUACCUGGCUUUAGACGCAGGCUUCCAUGAAGUAACUACUGACCCCGUCUUCGCUAGGCAGGUAGAAGUUAACUAGUAGCUUGUGGGGUGGCAGUUUGGUAGUUUCCUCUGUUUAGGCAAUACUACUGGACUCUUUUUACAGAGUCCCUCCAGUAAAGAGUCAGACAGGCACCAAGGAGAAGGUGAGUCCCUGAUGGUCUCCACACGCUGGCCUGUGAGGCUGAGGGGAACCCAUGCGUAUCCUAAAUCACCACUUCACAAGAGUGCGUUCACAAGCUACCCUUUUGAACUUAGCUUAUUUCUUGCAGUGUAAAAUAUCCUAAUUUUUUUUCUCCUCUAACACUAAUAGUGUUAUGUAUUUUAGAUCAACUGUAUUUUUUUCUGUACAGUUUUGAUAAUCUGUAUUUUGCUGUGACGUUACUAUUGUGAUAUGGGCAGUAUUAAAUAUAAUUAAGAUAGUUUCUGCAAAGAUCUUUCCUACUAUUUAUAAUCCAAUUUUGAUUAAUAAAUGAAGAGAAGCUAAAUAAACCCACCACUUACCGAAACAAACACCAACCAGAAUAUAUUUAUUACCAUAAACAAAACAUUUGUAGGCAGUAUUUCCUGUCAGAGUGGGGAAAUAAGGGUAUUACCUGAAUUUUGUAUGCUGUUAAAAAGUAUUAUUUAUUUUUUGAAUUGAAGAUUUAUUUUUCAGUAGUGUAGCCUUUUUUAUUUAUUUUAUUUUCUAAAAAAAGACGGUAAUGUUGAUUAUAUCACACAAGCAAUAUUUCUGCCUCGUUUACCAUUGCAUUUUUCUUUAACAUCAAUAAAAUUGAUAACUUUCGGAAUACAGCAAGUUCUUCAAUGUGGACGGUUUAUUUAGAUGAAGAAAAAAACAACAAUUCUGAAAUGUGCAUAAAAGGCUAAUUUAUGCAAGUAACAACAAUGAAGUUUAGCAAUAUUUCUAAAUUCAUUUCAUUAUAAAAACAACCUUGAUAUACACAAUGCUUUCACUUACAUGUAUGAUUUACUUUUCAUUACUGGGGAUGGGCACUAUUUACAGAACAUACCGAUUAUGAUUUAUUUUCUUAGUUAGCCAUGUAUGGUCAGCUAACCCCCAGUUUUAUUACUACCUUAUUCAUGUAUCAUCCGUGGUGUUUUGUAAAUAUGGCACAUAAUCAUGUUUGCUGCUGUCUAAACCUUGAUGAAUGUUCAAAACUGAAUGACUAUUACUUAACUGUGGUGUUGCUUGUAGAGUGAAAUUGCAUGUUUGUUAUCAGUAAAGCUGGUUUUCAAUUACAAA